UCGAGAGAGUGGUUGUCCAUUGAUGUAUCGACAGUCAUACUUAUGUUUACUUAUUAAUAUCGAGCUGAAUAUAAUCCUGUCGUGACGCCGCUCCCCCGUCUUAGUCCGUGAACAUAUGGUCCCCUGCCGCUGUGGUUGCCAUCUGCCUCCAGUAGGUUUCACGAACGGCGUCCCCCAAGUCCUGCGCCGCACAGUGUUAAAGAACCACAGAUUUUGCUAUCUGCGAGAUAUCAUCCACCAUGCAGCUUGUGUGCCGUGUUUUCCUGGUGCUGAUGCUUGCUACAGUGGGGCUCGCCAACAUCUGCAACCUGAACCGCAUGGACGUGGUCGUAUCAGACCGCCUCCGCGACUCCUGCAACAAAAUAGGCAUCGGGUACGUGAAUGACCCACAGACAGGCCUCAAAGUCGUCGGCGACGUCGACACGUGCGGUGUUGCGGUACAGUGUGUCAACAACGUCCUCAGAUUCUCCGGGUUUGGUACUUACAAGGAGGUGGCCUCAAACUGCGGCCAUGCUAUGGUAAAGUUCGUGUUUGACGAGUUUAUGAUCGACUGCGACACAUUUGUCUUUGAGUAGCACAGCAAGAAUCAGCGCUGUCAGCUCUGCUACAACUCGGGCCUGUAUGAACGUUGAAAUAAACAUACCU